AAAAGCAAGCAUUUUUUCCACACACUCUCUCUCUCUCUCCUCAUAAUUUUCACGUUCUCCUACCUCAUCCUCUCACUCUCCCUUUCCGUGGUCUUCUUCUUCUUUUCUCUAACAUUUUCUUCUUUCUCUUCUUGGCCGAGAGCCACCAUCACCACCAUGGCCUCUCCUCCUUAUCUCCUCAUCAUCAUCGGCGGUUGUUCCUCUUCCCCACGGUGAGAGCUCCACGAGCAAUCGUGGAUGAGGUUUCCACCAAUGUAGCUUCCUCAUCUUCAUUCCCGUGACAGUGGAAGCCACCACCACGACGAGCUCCACGGCCUAUGUUUCAUGGCGAGCCCACCAACGACCACCACCACCAUGGAUCUCUUUACUUUCUUUCUGAUUGAGAGCUUCGAGAACACCACCAUGACAGUCGCUGCUCCAUGACCACUUCCAUGGUCAAGUCCUCAUCUUCUUCCAUGGUGAAUCAUAAAGGUUGCUCAUUUAUAUUUGGGUUCUGCCCAAAGACCGUUUGAGAUCUCACGCUUCUGGGUCAAUAAGAUGAAGAUCAAAAUUUUUCCACCGAGCCACCACCGUCGUCUUCUACCCUGUUCUCUGGUGAACUCAAAAAACAAACACCACAUCCAUUCCAUCAUGAGCUGCGACGGACGAUAUUAUGGAGGGUAUCAAAUCGAUUUGGCAAUGUCUAGGUUGUAAGUGACAUUACAAAGUUAGUAUUGGUCGACACUAGACCAAUGACAGAUCGACUGGGAGGUGUCUUGCCUACCAAGUGCAUUCACAACUCUAACGGUCGUUAUGAUGAUGAUGGCAAGCGACGACGUGAUUAAGUGUUAUAAUUUUGGGAGAAUGUCGUCUGCGCUGACCGACAAGGGGAGUUUCUCAAAAGAUGAGUAGGGUGUGAGACCCGAAUUCCUGGAAGUAUUAUUCUUAAUUAAUUUCCAACGUAUGUCUAGGGUUUCGUGUCAGCGUAAAGAUGUUUGUAAGAAGUGUAUGUAAAGACCUACAAGUGGAAUAAUGCAAAAGCCUUAUAUAUCUAUAUAUAAAGUUGCAGUCACGAUAUCCCCAAACUUGGUAAAAUUCACAAACGUAUGAGAAGCUCUGCGAAGGAACCUCCGGCACGGUGGCGGCGGCCAUGGAGGCGAUCGGAGAGUAACUUUGAACGUCACUGGGAGGUGCAACGUCCUAAACAGAGAUCUGCAAAUUAUCGUUGGGGCUUUAAUCGAUCACAUCAGCAAUGGAAUGGGUCUGGUUUCUCUCGGCAGUGGCAGCAAGGUACAGUUCAGGGAUAUGGCAGAUAUGGAGAGAAUGAGGGCCAAAUUAGGGGGAGUUAUGAUCAGAAACGGAAGCAGCAGCCAUAUGUGCUUAGGGGAACAACGUUUCAUACUAGGGGUGCUUUUAUCCCUAAUUCGAAACAGCAGCACAAUCCACGCCUUUAGGCCACAAGCCCUGCCAUUCACAAAACCAAGCAACAAGGUGAAUCCUUUGCGGUUUUUGUUGAUGGAUUAGGAGAUAGGAUAACUUUACAGAAAUUAAGAGCAAUUUUUGGGAAGGCAGGGAGGCUACAUGAUGUUUUUAUUCAGCAGAAAAAGAAAUACCUGCCUCGCUUUCGUUUUGGAUUUAUAAGAUUCAAAAGCGAUGAUGAGGCAUGAAAGGCGAUUCGUAUGUUUCAUGGCUUGAAAUUAGAAGGCAAUUAUCUUGUGGUCCAGAAAGCGAGGUUUCAGCGACCAUCUCGAUCAUCUGUGGUUCCCUCAGCAGGGAAAAAUCAAUAUGCAAUUCAGGGGAAAGUUUGGAGGCCUAAGGAACAGCAUAAGGUCAGUGAGCAAGGACCAGUUCCUGUGAAAAAAUUGCCUUUGGUUCAGCCUGCGGAUGUCAUACAUAGGUCUGAUGAUUGCCAGUUGCGUCUUGCUGUGUCAGACGUGGAUGAAGAGUGGUUCCAAAGGUGUGCUCGGGCGCGCACAUUACUAGAUAUGCAUGUUGACGUUUUGCAGGAGCAAUUCAGUCAAAUUGGACUGUUUAAUUUCCGCUUAAUUCCGCUUGGCGCGAAUGAAGUAAUUCUGGAAUUUGAGAGUAAGGAAGAAAUGCAGGGGACUCUUGAGGAGUGUGGUUAUUUUUUAGAGCAGAAGUUGUCUGAUGUUAAGCCUUGCACUGCAUUUACCUUUGGUGCGGCACAACUUGUCUAGAUUCGUUUGUGGCAAGUUCCGAUGGGUUUAUGGACAGAAUCUUUCUUUAAUUCCGUCGGUAAUAAGUUGGGAAGCUAUGUUAUGUCCGAUACAACAACCUUGUCGCGCUAUAGAGCUGAUUAUGCCCGAAUCUUGGUUAAGUUGCAUCAUCCACUGUUACACUGUUUUACCAUGUCAGUUGAUGUUGGAGGGACAUCAAGUAUAAUUCUGGUAGAGAAAGAUGCAACGUCGUAUGAUCAUGGGAGUGUCAUGGCCAUGCCGUCAACACCGGUCAAGAUUUAUAACUCAGAAGAUGAUAACGUUUCUGAUGAGGAAGAUGAGGAAGGUGAUGACCGUAACAAUGACUUUUCCCAAAUCCAACCAGAACCACAUGAGAAGGAUUAUGAAUCUGCUGUAGAGAUUGAUUCUGAUGAAGAGGAUGAAGUUUUUAGAAACGCAAAAUUGGAUGGUCUUCGUUCUGGUGUUUAUGUGCAGCCGGCGGAGAUGGAAGGGCGUUCAGAGGUGGCUGGCCAUGAGGGUUCACCGGCGGCGAAAGUUAGCCCUUUGGCCUUGUCGGUCAACGAUUCUCUAGGAGCGGCAGUUUCAAAUUUGAAUUCAAAUGGAGAUGGGGCAGCCAUGAAUUCAGGAGCAGAGGUGAGGGAGCAGUUACAGGACCUCAUUGAAGCAGGUUAUACGUUACAGGAGCUUGAGGUUUGGAGAAAUAAUAUAAAAGCUGAUGGAAUCUUGGAGGGUAAAAAACAAAUCUUGGAUAAUAAAUUUCAAAAUCCUGUUAAUUAUGAGAGAAAAUUUGAAGUUACAGGAUAUUCAUUCAAUUUCAAAGAUUUAUUUCUGAAUAAUAAUUUUCUGCCAAAUAUUUCUUUUUAUUGGGACCCACAAAAUUUGAAACAGCUUCAAGGUGCAAGGACGUGUUUGCCUUCUCUUCCCAGCAACCAGAAUCACUUAUUUGGGUUCGCGACAUCUUUGACAACUUCGACUGCUCCUGAGGCAAAACGUGAAACACAAGAUGUGUUUGUGCGCACAAGUCCGAAUCAAAUAGUAAGGCAAACUCUUGCUUGCAUCCAAGAAAAUCAUGAGACGCCAAAGAAGUUCUCUUCUGUGCCUUCUCGUGAUGCUGAUUCUGCACUGGCUUCCCCAGUAGUGAAAAAAUCACCAAAUACAGACUCAUCUAAGAAGAGUUCUCAGAGGGGGCGUCCAAAAGGUAGCAAAAAUAAACCAGAACCCCUUCCAGAUGAUUUUCUAGAACCUGUACAAGGAGAAGAUGGAGUGACAACGCGUGCACAGAGAACGUGGUUGUUAGGGAAGCAGUUAGGAUUGAAACCUCGUGGAUCGGAAGCUCUGAUGCUUCGUGGAUUAGAAGCACAGAUACGUCAAAACCACCCACAUCUCAAAUAAUAUGUCAGGACCUUGGCUCACAUGGAGUUUCGAGGGUUAGGAGAUUCAAUGAAGAGGGAAGCAUCCCUUUCUUUCCUCUUCUUGCACUUCACCGCCAGCCCCAUUCACCAAUACCUCUAUCCCAAAGUUUUCAGGUGUGGAGCAGAUUUUGAUGGGCAGGGUGGCACCGGUGAUCUGUGGCUGGUUGUUGUUGUUGUUUACUGGGACAUGACAGUAGAGUGGAAGUGUUGUUGCUGUUUUUUGCUGUGAAAUUAAUUUUGCUGUUGCUGUGAGAGGCUAUUUUAAUCAUUUUUUUUUGAGAAAUUUGGCUGUUGUUGCUGAUAUGUUGAGGCGUUGAGGGUUGUUAUGUUGCUGUGGAAUUUAGUUAUGUUGUUGUUUUUCUCAUAUGAUAUUAAUAUUGCAGCUUUGGUGCUGUUUUUGGCUGCUGAUGGAUUAGAGAAAGUCUAUGUUUCUUGCUGGUUUUGUGUGGCAGCAGAGUGGUCCGUGGAGAUGUUGCAGCGUGAUGAAGGAUGUUGCUAGGAGGUUUUGGUGGCUGGCCAAUUUUGGUGAUAUCUUUGAUGGGCAUUCAUGUGGCUGGUGGUCAUAAAACUUUCAAGGUGUAAAGUUUUGCAGUCACGAAAUUCAGAGGUUGAUGUUGUUAUAUUGGGAGACUAUGGUUAUGACUUUGAUACAUUUGGUUUGGAUGUUCAUUCAGCACUUGUAAUAGUGGUUUAAUUGGUAUUGGGAUUUUUGUAUUUGGCCUCAAUUCUUUAGGUGUGCUUAGUUGGUUAUCUUAAGAGGGAUGUACUCUUUUUCCUUGCUUGGUUUUUUCCUACUGGGUUUUGUCAGGCAAGGUUUUGAUGAGGAACCCUCUUAGGGUAUCGUUGCUGUAGGAUCACGCGCUUACCACUACGCCAAAACCAAUUGGUGUUAGUGAGGGCGCAACGUUAUUUCUUAUAGCGUAGCAGACAGCGCCCCGUUUCGAAUGCUACCUGCAGGCAGGAUGCUGGCCCACCUGGACCCAACAAUCCCCCCCCCAGCACCUGCCAGCCAAACUAGCUGCACAGCAUGCCUUCCGUGGGAUUCGAACACGGGACCUGGCUCUGAUACCACUUGUAGGAUCACGCGCUUACCACUACGCCAAAACCAAUUGGUGUUAGUGAGGGCGCAACGUUAUUUCUUAUAGCGUAGCAGACAGCGCCCCGUUUCGAAUGCUACCUGCAGGCAGGAUGCUGGCCCACCUGGACCCAACAGUUGCCAAUUAAGCUUUAGAAGAAUUAGUGAGGCAUGAGGGGUUGGUUUGUUAGGUACUAUGUUGUGAAAACUCUUGUAUCACGUUUGGUUGAUUCUUAAUAAAUUCUUUUCAUUUUCAAAAAAAAUAAAGUUGCAGUCACAUUUUGAA